AUGUCAAGUCAGAUGAUUACAGUGGAUAUAGCUGGUGUUCUUAUUUCUGGUAUUCAUGCUCAUGUGGGGGUGGUUCAAAGAAGAUAUUUAUGGUCAGAAAUGGAAGUAGUAAGUGGUUUAAAUAAGCCAUGGCUUGCUAUUGGUGACUUUAAUGCCAUUACUUCAGCUGAGGAAAAAGUUGGUGGUAAAAAUCCAAAUAGAGGAUGGGGUUAUAAAGUUGGUAUCAGAGUGGCAUCUGAUCAUGCACCUUUGAUGGGUGGAUGUGCUCAUAUUCCUAAGCCAUAUAAUGCUCCUACGAAAUUCCAAAAAAUGUGGUUAUCACAUCCAAAUUUUAUGGAGGUAGUAUGUAAUAGUUGUUCUGAAAAAGUGGAAGGUAACCCUGCUUUUAUCUUUCAGCAUAAACUUAAAAAGCUUAAAAAUAUCCUAAGAGAAUGGAAUUGGAAUGUGUUUGGUAACAUAAAUGUUCAGGUUAAAUAUGUUGAAGCUAAAGUUCAAGAUGCUAUGGUGAAGUCUGAUAAUGAUCCCUUUGAUGAAAUGGCUCUUAAUAAUUUGGUAGAAGCUCAAAAUCUCUAUAAUUCUAAAGAAGUUCAAUUGCACACUUUUAUGAAUCAAAAAUCAAGAACAAAGUGGAUUAAAGAAGGUGUAGCAAAUACUGGAUUUCUUCAUGAUAAUCUUAAAAUUAGAAAAACAAGAAAUACUAUUAGUGAAUUGGAAGAUGUCAAUGGUGAAAUUAUUUCUGAUCAUAAAAAAAUAGUUGAAGAACUUGUAACUUAUUUUGAGAAGAAAUUUAAAUAUCAGGAAGUUGAACAGAAUGAUCACAUCUUAAAAGUUAUUCCAAAGGUGUUAACAAAUGAAGAUCAGGAAAUGAUUGAAGCUACUCCAAAUGCAGAUGAAAUCAAAGAAACUAUAUUUGCUAUGGACCAAGACAAUGCUCCAGGUCCAGUUGGUUUUUCUGGUUGUUUCUACAGAGCAUGUUGGGAUAUCAUAAAUCAAGACUUAGUUGCAGCUAUUCAGUUUUGCUGGGAAAAAAAGUUCAUUCCUAAAGGGCUUAACUCUAACUUCUUAGUACUCCUUCCUAAAUCUGCUGGUGCUAGAAGCCCUAAUCAAUUUAGGCCAAUUGGUCUGAGUAAUGUCAUAUUCAAGUUUUUCACUAAAAUACUUGCUACAAGGAUUGGAAAAUUGAUGAAUAAACUAGUUUCCCCUCAACAAGUGGCUUAUGUGAAAGGUAGAUGCAUUCAAGAUCAUAUUUUGCUUGCUUCUGAAUUAGUUAACGAAAUGCCAAAGAAGAGAAGAUGUGGCAAUGUAGCUCUUAAAUUAGAUAUUUCCCAGGCCUAUGAUUCUGUCAGCUGGGGGUUCUUAUUUCAAGUCCUGCAAAAGUUUGGUUUUUCAAAGAAUUGGUGUGACUGGCUUCAUAUCUUAUUCAAAUCAGCUAAAAUUUCUGUGAUGGUAAAUGGUGGACCUUGUGGUUUCUUUUCAGUUGGAAGAGGACUUAGACAGGGUGAUCCAUUGUCUCCUAUUCUAUUUGUACUUAUGGAAGAGGUUUUGAUCAGGGGCAUUACUCAAAUGGUAAAUGAAGGAUUAAUAAUGCCAAUGGUUGAAAGAAAAGAAUUAAGGAAACUUCAAAUUAAAGAUAUGAUUCAAAUGGAGAUAAGUAGCUUCCCUGAUAAAUAUCUUGGAGUGAUACUUACUAUUGAUAGAGUGAAAGUAUCUACUGUUUGGCAUAUGGUUGUGAUGAUGCAAAAGAAGCUUGCUGCUUGGAAGGUCUACAAUAUGGCAGUAUACAGAUGGCCAUCAUCUGUUAUUAAAACAUGUGAAAAAAUCAUAAGAAAUUUCCUCUGGUCUGGUGAUGGUGAAAUAAGGCAGUAUAAAAAAAAUUCUUGGAGAAAAGUUUGCACUCCAUUGAGUGAAGGGGGUCUUGGUAUUCCAAGAUUAGAGAUGAUUGGGCAAAAAAAUUUCAAGCAAAAUACAAAGAUAAGAAUGGUCAAUGGAGCACAAAAUGACAAAAAUCCUCUGCUCAUUGACAAAAUUGGGAAUAAUGCUUAUAUAUCUGAAAACACCAACUUGAAAGUAUCUGACAUCUUGAUAAAUGGUGAAUGGAUCUUAAAUAAUGAACUUCAACAAUUGCUACACAAUAUUCAGAUGUCAGAAGUUCAUGGAGGUGAAGAUGAGUUGAUAUGGACAUGGCCAGUAAUGUAUGGAAGCUUAUCCAAAGAGUAUACACUGAUGACACUGUUAUGGUUAAAAAUGGAUAUGAUAUGGUCUCCAGAUGUUGCAUCUGUGAAACUGAUCAAGAUGAAGCUUGGAAGUGUGCAACAAAUAAAAGCCUUCUGUUUAAACAGGUUUGGAUCACUACAACUUGUGUUAUUCUGA